CUCUUGAGACUGUCGUUUAACGAUUAUAUAACCUGAGAUAUCGUAUGGAAUACCCUGAAAUUCAGUCAUGAUUAGUAAUGAAUCAACCACAAUCAAAAUAUGCCGACACUCAGCUAGGAAUCAUUAACCACUUAAGUGUGAUUUGUUUUUAUUUGCGGCGUCAAAGAAGUUGGUAGCUCCAACAUAGUCUUUCCGAUAAGAAUGGCCUAUAAAUGCAGUGCGGCAACCAGAAGUGAUUCAGUAAUUCGUUGAGCUUACAAAAACCAACAAUAUGCAGUCUUCAACAAUCUUAACCAUUUUCGCCAUUGUCCUGGCGGCCCAAAAUACCAAAGCUGGCACUUUGAACUUUGGAUCCCUAAUGGGCGAUGUGUCCCAAGUGGCCGUCGCUGGAGAGAAGGUCAUUCACUAACUGGAAAAUGCUGUAGCCAGUUCCCAAUCGGAUUUCGUCCAGCCAGCCACUCUGAAUAUACUUAGUGACAUGGGAAACGCCCUGGGGGAUCUGGCUAACGCCAUCACCAGUCUGAGAGUGGAAGAUGUGCAACCCGAGGCUACCAAUCUUUUGGGCGAUGUCCUGGGUGGUGUUGGUUCCGGCCUUGGAGAUUUGGCAAAUGCCAUCACUAGUCUCAGCGUUCAAAUGAAGACCGGUCCCCAGGCUCGCAGUCUUUCGUCUGAUGGCGCUUCAAUCAUAGCCAAUGGAGGAGCUGUCAGUGCCAAAACAAUUGCCGCAGCUGCCUAUUCCGUCGCCCCCUAUAUAAGGAAGCUAAAUGCUGGCCUAGGCGAUCUGGCUAAUGCCAUCAGCAGCCUCUGAACAACUUUCAAGCAGUUCAAUUAACAAAUAAAUAUUCAAUCGCAUAAAAA